AUGCCUGCUGAGGGCUUCCUGCCUGCUGAGGGCUUCCUGCCUGCUGAGUACUUCAUGCCUGCUGAGGGCUUCGUGCCUGCUGAGGGCUUCCUGCCUGCUGAGGGCUUCCUGCCUGCUGAGUACUUCAUGCCUGCUGUGGGCUUCCUGCCUGCUGAGUACUUCAUGCCUGCUGAGGGCUUUCUGCCUGCUGAGGGCUUCCUGCCUGCUGAGGGCUUCCUGCCUGCUGAGGGCUUCCUGUCUGCUGAGGGCUUCAUGCCUGCUGAGGGCUUCUUGCCUGCUGAGGGCUUCCUGCCUUCUGAGGGCUUCUUGCCUGCUGAGGGCUUCCUGCCUGCUGAGUACUUCAUGCCUGCUGAGGGCUUCCUGCCUGCUGAGUACUUCAUGCCUGCUGAGGGCUUUCUGCCUGCUGAGGGCUUCCUGCCUGCUGAGGGCUUCCUGCUUGCUGAGGGCUUCCUGCCUGCUGAGGGCUUCUUGCCUGCUGAGGGCUUCCUGUCUGCUGAGGGCUUCAUGCCUGCUGAGGGCUUCUUGCCUGCUGAGGGCUUCCUGCCUUCUGAGGGCUUCUUGCCUGCUGAGGGCUUCAUGCCUGCUGAGGGCUUCGUGCCUGCUGAGGGCUUCAUGCCUGCUGAGGGCUUCUUGCCUGCUGAGGGUUUCUUGCCUGCUGAGGGCUUCUUGCCUGCUGAGGGUUUCUUGCCUGCUGAGGGCUUCUUGCCUGCUGAGGGUUUCUUGCCUGCUGAGGGCUUCUUGCCUGCUGAGGGUUUCUUGCCUGCUGAGGGCUUCAUGCCUGCUGAGGGCUUCGUGCCUGCUGAGGGCUUCGUGCCUGCUGAGGGCUUCGUGCCUGCUGAGGGCUUCGUGCCUGCUGAGGGCUUCGUGCCUGCUGAGGGCUUCGUGCCUGCUGAGGGGCUUCGUGCCUGCUGUCAGGUUGUUCUCCGGCAGUUUAGUCAGAGUAUCAGCGGACACUGGCUUCACGGGUCUCUAGAAGUAUACCAACAUUAUAUAUCAGUACAUACGCUAACAUGCAAUCUUGCACGCUUGCAUUCUCGCACCUCAACGUCCCUGCACAACCGGUUCCUGCAACCCGUCCCCCCCCCCCACCCCUAA